UAUACAUAAGAAGUAGUUGAGAGACGCAAAAGGAGUUUAUAACGCAUUAGUUUGAGAGAGAGAAAAAAGACUACGAUGAGACUAGAGUUUCUGUAUUCAUUUUUGAUAAAGCGCAUGAUGGUAGUAGCCGAUGAAAUAUUUGACACUGUCAAAGACAGUUUAACUGAAUACGAGAAAGAGAUCGAGCGUCUGAAGCAGGAGAACUGUAGUCUGAUGAGCCGAAACUGCAGCUGUACAGAAACACGCCACGAUGCUCUGAGAACUGGAGUUCUGCAAGUUCCGGUGGGUUCAGAACUCUCAGAAAUACAAGUAAAAAUGGAGGUUGCCACCGUGAUGUCCCAUGAGCCUUUGGCUCAAGCUCCUUUCAUUAUUUCUCCCCUUUCCGAAGAGGUCACAAGGCAGGAAACCUCUCAGUGCCUCUUACCAGAGGUGAUGCUGAAAAAUGAAGAUAGUGGUGGCACAGAUCCACAGUCAUCCAUCACAGUUAAGUCAGAGCCGUGUGAUAAUGAGGCCGGAGAAUCAAACUCAGCUGCAGCGCAGUCUGGUAGCGACUGUCACACUGAACUUCCAGUACCUGAACGAGAUCCUUCGUCUGUUCUGCAUGACCUUGAAACCUUUGAAGAGGUCUUACGAAGGCAAAGGCAAAGGCAAAAAUGCCAGAAUGCAUUAAGCAAGAUUCACAGCAGGUCUUUCAGGAAAACAGGACAUCUGCAGAAUCACGUGUCAGUACACCAGAAUGACAGACCUUUCUGCUGUGGCUUGUGUGGGAGUCGUUUUAAAAUGAAAUUCAACUUAAAUGAACACGAGAGAAUCCACAAAGGCGAUUAUCGCUACAGCUGCCCAAAGUGUGGAAGGGGUUUUUCUCGAACAAAUCAUGUAAGAAAUCAUCUUAAGGCGGCUAGCUGUUUUCGAUCUUCAUCCUCCAAAAAAUAGAGAACUCUGCUUUACUUUGAAAGGAUUCCAUAUUAUUAUUUGAAAUUCGAUUUAAACUAUUUAAGAAUAUAUUUUUGUUUAGAUUCUCUUUCAUAACAAAUGUUUUGAUGUCCUUAAAAACAAAUCCCAGCCGGAUGAGGCUCUCAGUCUGGCAAAUAAGUGUCUCAUCAGUUCAGUUGUUGGAAAAUAACUGUUUGUGAAGCACUGGCUCUCUCUGAUUUCUUGGUCAAAUUGUUGCAUUAGAAAACCACAUGUAUUCCAGUACUCUAUAGCUGUCCAUGGUAAAAAGGUUCAAAACAUUCAUUAUAAUAGUUUCAAAUGAUGAUAACUGAUUCUGUUGUGUGUUCUGUUAUACCUCAUAGCAGUUUAUACUGUAUGAUCUGCUGCCAGUGUUAAUGAGAAAACAAAAGUUGAUAUCUAACCCUUAUAUUAAGGAUGUUCUGGUUGUUUCAGUACUUUUUGCAUUAUAAACACAACAACACUGUAUAAAAUCUGUUCUUAGUGUUGACAUUUGUUAAACUAAUCCAAUGUUUUGAUAUUCACAUAAAUGGUAUUAAAGUCACACACAAUGUUGCCUCAUUUUAAUUUAA